AUGGGCAAUGGGCACAGCACUCCCUUGCAGCAAUGUUUGAACCUAGUCUGCCACGGCCGCAGUGGUUGCGUUGGGUACCCCAGCGAUCCUUUCUACCAGCUGUCCUGGGUAAAACCCUACAACCUGGCUGUUGAAGUUACGCCGGUUGCCGUUAUUCGACCCAACACGGCCAACGAGGUCGCAGAGGCCAUCAAGUGUGCUGUGCAGAGCAAAGUCCACGUCCAAGCCAAGUCGGGCGGACAUUCGUAUGGCAACCAUGGCCUGGGAGGCCAAGAUGGCUCCCUCAUGAUCGACAUGGCCAACUUUAAGCACUUCACCAUGGACACCAAGACAUGGCAGGCCACCUUUGGCGCUGGUUUCAAGCUCGGCGAGCUCGAUCAUCAGCUACAUAAACAUGGCGGCCGUGCCAUGGCCCAUGGCACAUGCCCAGGCGUCGGCGCCGGCGGACACGCCACCAUUGGAGAAAUCGGACCGUCGUCCAGGAUGUGGGGGACGGCUCUCGAUCACGUCCUCGAGGUCCAAGUCGUCACAGCCGAUGGCCAGGUCCGUACGGCCAGCCAGGAUGAAAACGCCGACUUGUUCUGGGCUCUGCGCGGAGCCGGCGCCAGCUUCGGCAUCGUCACGCAGUUCACCGUCCGCACGCAGCCCGCGCCGGGAAACGUCGUCGAGUACACGUACGCAUUCAGCUUUGGCAAGCAGCAGGAAAUGGCACCGGUAUACGAGGCCUGGCAGACGCUUGCAAACGACCCCAAGCUGGACAGGCGCUUCUCUACCCUGUUUAUUGCCCAGCCCCUGGGAGCCCUCGUCACCGGCACCUUCUUCGGCACCAAGCAGGAGUACGAGGCCACCGGCAUCCACGACAAGAUGCCGACCGGCGGCUCGGUGAGCUUUGAGGCCAUGGACUGGCUCGGCUCCCUCGGCCACAUUGCCGAAAAGGCCGCCCUGGCGCUGAGUGACAUGCCGAGCCAGUUCUACGGCAAAUCGCUCGCUCUGCGGCAGCAAGACGCCCUCGCCCGGGACACCAUCACGCGACUCUUCAACUUCACCGGCACCGCUGACCCCGGCACCCCCUUCUGGACCGUCAUCUUCGACUCCGAGGGCGGCGCCAUCAACGACGUCCCCGCCGAUUCUACCUCUUAUCCUCACCGCGACAAGCUCCUCAUGUACCAGUCUUAUGUGAUUGGCCUUCCGCUGAGUGAGAAGAACAAGAAGUUUGCCGAGGGCAUCCACGACAUUAUCCAGAGGGGCUCGCCCGGUGCCAAUUCUCGAUAUGCCGGCUACGUUGACCUCGAACUUGGCCGUGCCGAGGCCCAGCAGGCGUACUGGGGGAGCAAGCUGCCCAAACUUGGCCAGAUUAAAGCAAAGUGGGAUCCCAACGAUGUCUUCCACAACCCUCAGAGUGUCGGGCCUGCCGGCAAGGCCUAG